GUCACCAUUUCAAGUAGUUCAGUCACCAUUUCAAGUAGCUCAGUCACCACUUCCAGUAGCUCAGUCACCAUUUCAAGUAGCUCAGUCACCAUUUCAAGUAGCUCAGUCACCACUUCCAGUAGCUCAGUCACCACUUCCAGUAGCUCAGUCACCAUUUCUAGUAGCUCAGUCACCAUUUCAAGUAGCUCAGUCACCACUUCCAGUAGCUCAGUCACCACUACCAGUAGCUCAGUCACCAUUUCCAGUAGCUCAGUCACCAUUUCCAGUAGCUAUGUCACCAUUUCCAGUAGCUCAGUCACCACUUCCACCAUUUCCAGUAGCUCAGUCACCAUUUCCAGUAGCUCAGUCACCACUUCCAGUAGCUCAGUCACCACUUCCACCACUUCCAGUAGCUCAGUCACCACUUCCACCACUUCCAGUAGCUCAGUCACCACUUCCACCACUUCCAGUAGCUCAGUCACCACUUCCACCACUUCCAGUAGCUCAGUCACCACUUCCAGUAGCUCAGUCACCACUUCCAGUAGCUCAGUCACCAUUUCAAGUAGCUCAGUCACCAUUUCAAGUAGCUCAGUCACCACUUCCAGUAGCUCAGUCACCAUUUCCAGUAGCUCAGUCACCACUUCCAGUAGCUCAGUCACCAUUUCCAGCAGCUCAGUCACCACUUCCACCACUUCCAGUAGCUCAGUCACCACUUCCACCACUUCCAGUAGCUCAGUCACCACUUCCACCACUUCCAGUAGCUCAGUCACCACUUCCACUAGCUCAGUCACCACUUCCACCACUUCCAGUAGCUCAGUC